AUGCCCAUCCAGAUCUUUUGCUCUGUGUCAUUCUCCUCUGGAGAGGAGGCUGAGAGACCCAUGGGAGAUGUCUGGGGGGCCCACCACCACCGGCAGCAGCAGGACAGCUCAGAUUCGGAAGAUGAAGACAAGGACAAGGAGACAGGAGAGGAGCUUGAUGAGGGAGACCCACCUAGGGACUUGGCGGCCUUUGCCAACAGCUGUACCCUCCACGGUGCCAGCCAUGUCUUUGUGGAAGGGGGCCCAGGGCCCAGGCAGGUCCUCUGGGCAGUGGCCUUUGUCAUAGCGCUGGGUGCCUUCCUGUGCCAGGUAGGGGACCGUGUUGCCUAUUACCUCAGCUACCCGCAUGUCACCCUGGUGGAUGAAGUGGCCACCACGGAGCUGGUCUUCCCAGCGGUCACCCUGUGUAACACUAAUCCCGUGCGCCUGUCCCAGCUCAGCUACCCCGACCUGCUCUACCUGGCCCCCAUGCUAGGGCUGGAUGAAAGCGAUGAUCCUGGGGUUCCCCUUGCUCCACCGGGGCCAGAGGCGUUCUCCGGGGAGCCCUUUAACCUCCAUCGUUUCUACAACCGCUCCUGCCAUCGGCUGGAGGACAUGCUGCUGUAUUGUUCCUACUGUGGGGGCCCCUGUGGCCCCCACAACUUCUCAGUGGUCUUCACGCGGUAUGGGAAGUGUUACACAUUCAACUCAGGCCAAGAUGGGCGGCCGCGGCUGAAGACCAUGAAAGGCGGGACUGGCAAUGGCCUGGAGAUCAUGCUGGACAUCCAGCAAGAUGAAUACCUGCCUGUGUGGGGGGAGACAGACGAGACAUCCUUCGAAGCAGGCAUCAAAGUGCAAAUCCACAGUCAGGAUGAACCUCCUUUCAUCGACCAGCUGGGCUUUGGUGUGGCCCCCGGCUUCCAGACUUUUGUGUCUUGCCAGGAGCAGAGGCUCAUCUACCUGCCCUCGCCCUGGGGCACCUGCAACGCUGUUACCAUGGACUCGGACUUCUUCGACUCCUACAGCAUCACCGCCUGCCGGAUUGACUGCGAGACGCGCUACCUGGUGGAAAACUGCAACUGCCGCAUGGUGCACAUGCCAGGGGAUGCCCCGUACUGCACUCCGGAGCAGUAUAAGGAGUGCGCAGACCCGGCCCUGGACUUCCUAGUGGAGAAAGACCAGGAAUACUGCGUGUGUGAGAUGCCCUGCAACCUGACCCGCUAUGGCAAGGAGCUGUCCAUGGUCAAGAUCCCCAGCAAGGCCUCUGCCAAGUACCUGGCCAAGAAGUUCAACAAAUCCGAACAGUACAUAGGGGAGAACAUUCUGGUGCUCGACAUUUUCUUUGAAGUCCUCAACUAUGAGACCAUCGAGCAGAAAAAGGCCUAUGAGAUUGCAGGACUCCUGGGUGACAUCGGAGGCCAGAUGGGGCUGUUCAUCGGGGCCAGCAUUCUCACAGUGCUGGAGCUCUUUGACUACGCCUACGAGGUCAUUAAGCACCGGCUGUGUAGACGAGGGAAAUGCCAGAAGGAGGCCAAGAGGAGCAGCGCAGAUAAGGGCGUGGCGCUCAGCCUGGAUGACGUCAAAAGACAUAACCCCUGCGAGAGCCUCCGGGGACACCCUGCCGGAAUGACGUACGCUGCCAACAUCCUACCUCACCACCCCGCUCGAGGCACGUUUGAGGACUUUACCUGCUAAGCUCCGCAGGCCACUGCACCAAAGGCCUAGGUGGGGAGGGCUAGGAGGGCGAGGGGCCCCAAGUGCCCCCGGCUACCCUGGGGACUCAGCUGCAUUCCUGGGCAGUGGCUCCUCUCGUCUGUGGUGAGGAAGGAGUCUUGACCAUGGAGUUCUCUUCCAGCCUCUAUGCCAUCUUUUUAUUUUAAUGAAAUUAAACUAAUAUAAAAAGAGAGAAAGAGAGAUCCGGCCGGGACCUCAGCCUGCCCCUCUCUGCUCCAUGCUGCCUCCCCUAGCUCCAAGCCUGAAUUCUGUCUGUCUGUCUGUCAUCUGAGUGUCCACCAACAUUCUGCUGCCACCAGUCACCAAAAUCCCCUCCUAGUGGGGGGGUGGAGGGGAUCUCUAGGGUCUGAAAUUUGGCCCCAAACCAGAGAAUGUACCUUAAGGGGGAGGGCUAGUGAGGGGGCUUCCCUAGCCUUAAGAGACCCUCCCAGCCCGGUGACUCCCCGAGAGCCCGAGUCUCCAGGUAAGAACUAGACGCCCAGUUCUGCUCCCUCAAGCAUACGGAAUCUUUAGGGGGUAGAGGAUCCCCUGUAGAGGUAGAGAUGGGGACUCCAUGUGGCCCUGGUGCUGUAGGCCACAUCCCAGUAUCUGUUCUGUCACCUCUCCCCUGAAGCUGCUGGAGAGAAAUCCUAAGAGGCAGCCCUCCGUUACAUCCCUAACAGGCCUAGCUGGUGAGCCCCUGCUCGGGGAGGGACAAGGGCGCCUGACCUCACCGGCUUCUCUCUCAGAGGCCUUUGCAGAGGGCCACAUCCAUAAAUUUUCUUAUGGAGCUCUCCCAAGUCCUCUUCCCCAGCUUCAUUUGCUUCUCUCGGCAACCUCAUCUGCAUUUUCUAUUUCUAUAUGAUACAGACUCUAUAUUGCUAUAUCUCUGUAUAUACUUUCUCUAACCCUGUCUGUCUCCACCCCAUUCCCUCCUGUCUCUGAGAACCAUCCUCCCACCCCAAGCUCUCCCUUGUGUUUCACCCUUCUCCCCCUCCGUCUCUGGAUGCCUUUGCCUGUAUAAAGAGUUGGACCUCCCCCUGGUGUCUGUACCAUGUACACACAUCCCUUUGAGAAGCACAAGGAGACGACCCGCGCAUUGUAACCUUCGCACUGUCUUCGGUGGCGACAUAAAGGAAGCUGUGAACUACAAGCUCUGCCUCUUUUUGGCCUCGCCCUUUGCCCCCACAACUGGGGCACCCUCUGCCCUCCCCGCAGCCUUAACAUACCCUCUUCCUUGCUCCACCUAUCCCAGUGCCCUUUGCCUGGCUGACCAUGGCCUCCCCAAGGGAAGGGAUUGGUGCAAAGGUAAAGCCUACCCAGGAAUGGAGCUCUGCUGGAUACCAAGCCAAGAUGCUAGAGGCAGGGGGAGCUGGGGAUUGGUGACUCACUCUCACAGCUGGGGCAGUGGGUACCCACAGCCAGAAGCUGAAGCCCUUAUUGUAGCCUUUCUGUCCUCUGGGUGCCCGUUGCCCCUUCCUCACGUAGGUGUCCAGGCCCACCACUUACAUUUUCUAGUGAGGCAGGGUUCGCUCACGUGAGGAAAGGAGAGGCCCAGAGGGGGAGUUGGAAGCUCCGCUGUUGUGUGUCCCUCCUGUAAGGAGCCACAGGUUGAGGCAGAGGGCCUCCCACCCCCACCUGGCACCAUUCCCAGGCCAGAGCCCCAACCCCUUUCCAAGCCUCCUCUGCCCCCCACUGUCUCUUGGUCUCUAAUCCCAAAACAGGACUUGUGGGCAGAUCACCUGUGUGCGUUGGCCUGGAGCCAGAGAGUGAGGCUAUAGAAUCUUGGUUCCCAAGAGUUCUGUAGAGAGCAGAACUCCCCAGAAGGAAGCAGGGCCAAAGCUGAAAAGUGUGCACUGGCUGGGGGACAGAAGGAGGGGCUCUGGGUGACGCAUGCCUCUGGUCUAAUAAACUGGGUUUCAUCCAUC